AGCUGGGAGUCAACUGUGUGCAGAGGUUUGUCUUUGUUUUGUUUUUCUUGCAGAGGUUUUGUGUUGCAGCAGUGUUUGUGGUGCGGCUGGUUGCUGCAGUUUGUCUUCAUUGAUUGAUCGCAGGACUUCAGGCUGCAACCUGCAGCGAGCUGCAACUUGAACUUUGCUACAACUUUUUCGUCAGCCAGCGUCCAAAGUUUCUCCAGCGUGGACACUGAAACCAACCAGUUUCAAGAUGGAUUCUGCAUGGCAGCGUGUCCUGUCUGUGCACCAGAGGAUAGUGGACAAUGGAGACAAAAGGACAGACCCGUGGCUGCUGGUCUACUCCCCCGUCCCGGUGUCACUCAUCUUCCUGGUGUACCUCUGUGUGGUCUGGGCCGGCCCUCGUCUGAUGAAACACAGAGAACCCGUUGACCUCAAAGUCGUUCUCAUUGUUUACAACUUCGCCAUGGUCGGCCUGUCGGCCUACAUGUUCCACGAGUUCCUGGUCACGUCCUGGCUGUCCAGCUACAGCCUCCUCUGUCAGCCUGUAGAUUACAGCAGCAGCCCACUGGCACUGAGGAUGGCCAGAGUGUGCUGGUGGUUCUUCUUCUCUAAAGUCAUAGAGCUCAGUGACACGCUCUUCUUCAUCCUGAGGAAGAAGAACAGCCAGCUGACCUUCCUUCACAUUUACCACCACGGCACCAUGAUCUUCAACUGGUGGGCCGGAGUCAAGUAUGUGGCCGGCGGACAGUCGUUCUUCAUCGGCCUGGUCAACACCUUCGUUCACAUUGUGAUGUAUUCGUACUACGGCCUGUCUGCGAUCGGUCCUCACAUGCAGAAGUACCUGUGGUGGAAGAGAUACCUCACGUCCCUGCAGCUGGUGCAGUUUCUGUUGUUCCUCGUGCACACGGGCUACAACCUGUUCACGGAGUGCGACUUCCCCGACUCCAUGAACGUGGUGGUGUUUGGUUACUGCGUCACCCUCAUCAUCCUCUUCAGUAACUUCUAUUUUCAGAGCUACCUCAAUAAGAAGAAGAAGCAGAAAUAAGAUGCAGUGGCUUUAUGAGUGUUGUGGCAGCUUGAAGGAUUGUUUCCUGCCUGCAGUACUCACUUAUGUCCACUAGAGGGAACAACAUGCCCACAGUAUAAACCUUUUCCUUAUGGUGCUCAUCAUCAUGCAGACUGAAUAUUUUACAAACGAUGUGAAGAAUCUGAUUUCUCUCUGCGUGUGUUUUUGUAUUUUAUGUAAUGUGCCAAAUACAUGUGAAAAAAAGAGA